AUGUGGAUAUGCUAAACCACUUAAAAAUUCUAAAAAAAGAUAAUUAUUGGUGUAUCUAAUAAUUUUUUGACUUAACUAAAAAAAAAUUUUUAUAUAAUCAAUACUAAGGUUUUGCUGGUAGCUGAUGCUUGA